UUUGACAAUCCGAAAUUUGCUAUUCUCUUAUUUCAAACGUCACAAAGCCAAUAUCCCCACACUGUUGGUAACCACCAAUUACUAACCACGAACCAAAUAAAUAAAGGGUGAAGUUGUGUACUUGACAUGCCUUUAAUUUGUUCCAGCUUGAGUGCGAACAUUCCACGUAUCUUAGGACUUGGGAGGGGUAGUGACAACUUCACACACAGCCAUAUAAAAACAUCUCACGUAUUUUGUUCUAGUUUUUUGUCCCUUCAUCAUAAAUCCCCCAACACCCUCCUAACCCACAUUGCGUUUGUGUCAAAAUUUGAUCAAAAUUUUUCUUCUCCUGUGAUGGAGGAGGAGCACAAAAUGUUUGGCCUGGUCUCGGAAGCAGAGGAAUAUUCCGAAGAGUUAGAUGUUGCUGUCAGAGCAGUUCAGAUGGUAUGCUCCCUAUAUCAGAAAAUGCAAGACACUUUGAUUUCCAAGCCUCAGAGCCACAAUGACAAUUUUCCAAUCACAGUUGCAGGUUGGAGUGUCAAAGCGAUUGUUAGUUGGAUAUUGUUUGAAUGUUUAAGGGGUGAAAAUGUCUCAAUUCUAGCUGAAGAGGAUGUUCAGACACUCUCCAAGACUAAUACAUCUGAACUGUUAGAAGCUGUUGUUAAAACUGUGAAUGAAUGUCUAGCUGAAGGACCUCGAUUUGGAAUUGAAGAGCCAAAAUCACCUCUUGGAAGUUCUGAAUUUCUUGAAAUCAUUAGUCGCUGCAACUCAGUUGGAGGUCCUUCUGGAAGAUUUUGGGUACUAGGUCCUCUUGAUGGUGAUCAAUAUGCUGUGGCCUUAUCCCUUAUAGAGGAUGGAGAAGUGGUGCUUGGAGUUCUUGGCUGUCCUAAUUACCCAAUGAGAAAGGACUGGUUUAGUUAUCAUCGCCGCUAUCAAAGGAUUAUAUCUAAGUUAACUCCUCCAACCUCUGAAACUUGGAAUCAAGGUUGUGUAAUUUAUGCUAAAAGGGGUAGUGGCAAAGCUUGGAUCCAACCACUUCUCCAUGUCAAUAAGAAGUUUGUGUGGCCAAACCAUGCAAAACAAGUUUCUGUCUCUUGCAUUGACAACUUAGCAUUUGCCACAUUCUGCCAACCACUUGAGAAGGCCAAUUCAAGCCACUCUUUUACUGAAGGUUUGGCUCUCAGUGUUGGUCUCAGUAACCAGACAUUAAGAGUAUACAACAACAUGCUGAAAUAUGCGGCAAUAGCUUGUGGGGAUGCUGAGGUUUUCAUGAAGUUUGCAAGGGCUGGUAACAAGGAGAAAAUAUGGGAUCAUGCUGCAGGUGCAAUCAUCAUAGAGGAGGCUGGUGGUGUGGUAACAGAUGCUAGGGGGCUUCCCCUGGAUUUCUCAAAAGGUUUAUAUUUAGAAAGGCUUGAUCGUGGUAUUGUUGCUUGUUCUGGACCCACAUUACAUGAAAAGAUCAUCGAUGCUGUUGAUGUUAGCUGGUCCUCUUCUUGUCUUUGAGAUUGUUUCUAAUCAUUAUAAUAUACAUUGUGGUUAUGUGAAUAAUACAUAAUAUUUUCUUUUCUGUCCUACAGAGUAUGUAUCAUAGAAAUUCACCUGCUCAUAAACAUCAGUUAUUGAUGUACU